UUUAUUUGGUUAUCUUUCUAGGGUAUAUAACAGAGUUAUAAAGGUUGAUCCUGUCAUUGCAGUGUUUGGUGUGGUUUUGCCAGAAGAGGGCCUUACCAAAUAACGAGUGGUAUCCCUCAUCAAGAUGAUGUCUGAUUUUACAACACUGGAAGUCUGAGGCUUUUAUUAUGCGUGUCAUGGAUUUGGGAAAGACUUUGCAUUUGGAAGGAAAAGAAAGAGCAUGUCUUUUUGAGUAUCUGGGAAUCAUUUACAUUUACUAUGUGAUGGGUUUAUCCCUUGAAUGUCUUGGUGCAGUACAGUUGUUAUUGUUGUUUUGUUUUCAAUGUCACUGACAUGUUAACUAGUAACCACGCAGAGCUGCAAUUAAUGUUUGUUUUGCAAAAAAAAUAAAAAUAAUAAUAUAUAAUUUAUAUAUAUAUAUAAUAUAUAAGGGGAAAGAACAGCUAUGGAAUCCGCAUUCAGGUAUUGUUGUGUGCUAAACUUACAACAAAUUAUACUUCAUAAAAUUGAUGUUUCAGCAUUAUUCUUGCAUUUGUUUUGUAUAGUACUUCAACUGCAAUGUGUCAAUCCCACCACAAGAGAUCGUGAGGAGACCAUUAAAAACCUUGACAUAUAUCCUAGCAAUACAGUCAGGGGACAGACCAGUUUACAAUAGUUUUCCUGCAUGUGCCAAUUAUUUAAAAAUCUACUAAAAUUUGUUUAAGCUAUGUUGAGAAGCAAUGGUUAAAUAACAAAAAGCACCCUUUACAGUCUCACAGCAGUUGUGCUAUCAAAGGCAAGUGCUUCUGUGAAAGGAACCUUGCAAAAGAGAACUGAGCGAACAUCUCUCAUGCUCUGACCGUCACUUCCGUUAGACAGCCAGUCUAGGGAGGUGCUCCAAAGAAAAGCAGUUUACAGAUGCCUGUGACACACAUCAGUGACUGCAUUUAGAGAGCUAAUGGAAAUCUCUUUUUCUGCGAGCUCAAUGGCAAACGAUUCACAUGCUGAAUCUCACCUGUGCCAAACGUCCACUACAAGUGUAGUUCUGCCCAUUAUCUACACCAUUAUGUCAAUCACUGGUCUUCCAGGGAAUGCUAUCUCUCUCUGGGUGUUCAUACGCAAAAUUGCCACCAAAACAUCCACUCACAUCUACCUGAUAAAUCUAGGGAUCUCAAACUUGCUGCUCUGCCUCACCAUGCCAUUCCAGGCCACAUACUACUCACUUGGGACCAAAUGGCGCCGGCAAGACACCAUGUGCCAAAUGGCAAUAAGUGGUCUAACUCCAGUGAUCCACAUCAACAUCUGCAUUGGUGUGAUGAUAUUGAGCUGUGUGGCACUCAGUCGCUUUGCCUCGCUGAUUCAACACUCUCAUGCUGACCGUCCAAGCCGAUGGCUCAAUGUUUUACCAGGUGCCUUCCUUUGCCGAAAACGACAUGCCAAACUGGCCUAUGUGCUGUGCAUGGUCACCUGGGCCACUGUAACCAUAGGGGUAACAUCCUUUGUGGUGCUGUACUCGAUCAGGGAGGCUAGGAGUGUGGAUGACAGCGACAGAAAUGAAGCGUGUUACAGUGUAGCAGUGGAGGUUGGCAGGGAAGGAUCUCGUGCCUUUGCUUUAGUGGCCAUUUCACUGUUCUUUGUCUUCUUCCUGCUGGUCUUAUGCGCUUACAUGGCAGUAAUCAGGCACAUCUGGAGGUCUAGGAGAGGCGCGGUCAUCUCAAACAGCCAGCGAGUCUACGCAAGAGUGUUUCGGAAUAUUGUUGUCAUUAUAGUGGUGCUGGUGGUCUGCCUCCUGCCGCACCACAUCUACAAAGCCAUCUUCGUUCAUAUCGUCAAUGAGCAUACUUGGUCUGCAUCACCUCCAGAAGACGCUUGCCAUCCACUGUCCAUGUACGUGGAGGUGAAGAGCAUCCUGCUCUGUUUAGCAACUCUACGAUGUAGCACAGACCCCAUCAUGUACUUCCUGCUGGACAAGACGUUUCGUAUUCAUGUGCUUAGCCUGCUGAGAUCACGCGUCAGCGCAAAUGACAGUCAGUCAUCAAAGUCUAACAUGGGACAGUUAUCUCAGGCAACAAGUGCAUGCCUUUAGACAUUACUUGAGAGGAAACUGUACAUAGACACAAAAAAGUCUCAUUGUGAGCGAUAUUCCCUAACAGAUAAAUGUUAAGAAGAAACGGGAGAAACUUCCUGAACAGAGCUAAAUAAAUGGGCAUCUCUUUUCUGCCUGUCCAUUGUUCUUCAGUAUAGACUUGAAGUGGUGAGAACUCUUUUGUAAAAUGAUGCAGUGCUAAGAAAUGCUUUAUAAAAUAUGUGGAGUGGUACACAGUGGAACUCAAUGUAAACAAGCUUUUUGCAAGUCCCUAUAAAGUAACCAGAUGUUUUAAAAAGCAGCUACAAGUCAGACUGAUGCUUCCAUUCUCACACCACUUUUUUGCUGGAGUACUUUGUGUAGUUUUAAAUAGAGCGUUAAGCCAAAAACUCAUUCUCAUAUGUUGCUACUUCUGUAACACAACAAAAAAAAAAAAAGCCAUAAACAUUUGGAAUAACAUUUUUCAAAUUUUUUUUUUGUGAAACUAUACCUUUGAUGUGAUUUUUGAUGACUCAUUUUUUACUUUUAAUAACUAGAUUAAUUUCAUGUUGUUUAUAACAUGUUAUUGUUAACCCAUUUGUGCCCACAAUUUUCAAAUGGUUUCAUGCAUAUUGUCAUGUUAAUGGUGUCCUAUCUGAACAGGUUCUGCAUUUAUUUUCCCAAGGUUUUCGUUUAUUUUCUUGAAAAUCAUAUUUGAAUGUGCGGCAAUUAUAGUUGCCAGUGGGAAAUAUGUUGUAUUCACCCCUUCAAUAUAAAAUUUGAAUAGGAGAGGAGCAUUUGGCAUCUAACUCAAAAUAACUUUUCAACAGAUCAAUCUUUAUUCAUAAACAAAUUAAUUAUGCAUAAAAGACGAAGAACAUUCAAUGCAAACCCCCCAAAAAGUUGUUUCUAGCUUAUAAUCUCUUGAAUAUGAAAACACAAUGAAUCCAUUUGUCUUAAAAUGGUGGAACAUAGUGCAGAACAAAGUGCAGCCAUUAAGUUGACCCAACAGGGUAUUGUGAAUCAAAAACUUAAUUAAAAAUAAAUAAAUAAAAAUAAAUAGGAUUAAGAAAAUAUUACAUCUAUAUAAUAAAAAGGGUAUACCUGAAAGAAAAUUAUGCAUUCAAACUGUUUGGUUAGCAACAUUCUGCAAAACAUCUUUUGUGCUCAACAGAAGAAGGAAACUCUAUGAAACUAUGAAUAGGCACAUAUUGAUUAGGUCAAAUUGAUUAAACUUAAAAUAUAUGAUUAUUUAAAUAAGUAUCAUUUGUAGGCUACACCCAUGAUUGUUGGUUUAUUUACAGGGGUGCACAUAAGUGGUCUGCAGUUCCGCAUGCACGACCAAAAUAAGAAAUGCGUUAUAUGAAUAGGUUCUUACAGUGCAUUUGUGUACCGACAUGGUUGACAGCUUUUAAUACACAAUUAAUUAACACAACCAUUUUAGAUCACAAACUGUAAGUUGGUUUCAUUUUCAAUCUGAAAGAAUAAAUCUAGGCUAUGCCAUCAGCAGGAGCGCUAAAUG